UCGAUUGGAGGUGUCGGAGGUGUAUAUUUUCUCCUCAUUUCUCUAGAAGUGGCCAAAGUGUUAAGUGCAAUUAAGGUAUUUACUGAGAGACUAAGACUCAAAUUUUCCAUAUCGACUGAAGAAUAUGUCUAAUUUGAUGGCAAAAGGGCGAGAACAAGAAGAAGGAAAUUUCUUACCUUUGGAUGGCAACACUCGAGACUCCGACAGUAAAGAGAAAGAAGAGCUGGAUGAGCCAGAGCAUAUCCUACCUGAUGAUCCUAUUUUGGAGCGCACUCUGACACCUGCCCUAAUCAAGAGACGCCGCAAGACGCUGUCCAGCUUCAACGAGGACGGCUCUUAUGUGAGCAGCAUCUGCAAAUCGGUGAAACUGCGACAGAGACGGAAGAGCAUCUACAUGAACGACGAGGAGGCCGGCGCGUACGUGAACAACAAGGAGGAGGAGAAGAGGCUCAGGGAGAUGAAGAAGCAGGUCGGGAAGAUUCGGGAGCGCCGGAAGAGUGUUGCCUUAGUGAAUGACGCUUUUACCAGCCCGCGACCGUCGAGAAUCACCAAACGCAGGCAGACAAUGUUUGCUGCCAAUUCUUGUGCAGUUUCAACGGAGGAACGCUUGGAUAGCUUGGAUAUCAAGGAGGAAUUUCCUGAACCGUCUAAGAAUUCCCUGUGGGAUGACAUUCAGUCUGAAGAAUUGUCUUCUCAGCCCGACAGUGUGUCCGAAGAGAUGCAAUCUCAGACAUCACAGACCUCACAGACACUUUCAUGCACCGAAAGUCCGAUGUCUUCUUUCAACGCGACCAGUUCUUCCGGCUCGAGCAGAAGAAAGAGUCUGCUGAAACCGAUGGAGACUGAGGUGAAGUUCGAGCGGAUCAUUUCGUACAGGAAUCCCACAAUUCCCUUCCACGGCAAGUACAAAGCUGCUCUGGGCGCUCUCAACAAACUUCCACACAAGAACGAGCGCCUCAUGAGGCGACUGGCCAUGCUUAAGGUAAUCCGUCAGUAUUUCCGAACCGAGCUCUCUCUGAUAAACAAAACUCAGAAAGCGUCAAGGAAGACAUUAUAA